CGAGGGGCGCGUAGGGAAUGCGCAUCCGCGGGGCGGGCCUUCUCCGCUGACAGCUUGCGCGCAUCGCGCCUGCGCGGGCUGAGGGCGGUGGCUCCGGCCCUCGCUCCUGCCAUGCACCAUCCGCCCCUCAGAGCUAGCGGUGUGGACACUGAACUCAGCGGAGAACGCGGCUGAGAAAUGGAGAGGAAAAUGAAACAUUAAAAGUGGCAGCUAUGUGGCAGAUCCUAAAAGAACUAUGGCAACAUCAGGUGACUGCCCCGGAAGUGAAUCUCAGGGGAGAGAAGAACCCGUGGAACACUGUGAACAGCACCUCCCAGAGGGUGUGCACCCCGAGGAGUUUGUGGCCAUCGCGGACUAUUCUGCCACCGAUGAGACACAGAAACUUCACCUGGAGAUAACUAUGGCAACAUCAGGUGACUGCCCCGGAAGUGAAUCUCAGGGGAGAGAAGAACCCGUGGAACACUGUGAACAGCACCUCCCAGAGGGUGUGCACCCCGAGGAGUUUGUGGCCAUCGCGGACUAUUCUGCCACCGAUGAGACACAGAAACUUCACCUGGAGAUGUUGACAGACCAGCCACGGACAACUAAAUAUCACCAGGUGAUCCUGCAGAACAGGGCGUCCCUCAAAGACAAAGUGAUUCUGGAUGUCGGCUGUGGGACAGGGAUCAUCAGCCUCUUCUGUGCACAUUAUGCGCAGCCCAGAGCAGUGUACGCGGUGGAGGCCAGCGAAAUGGCCCAGCACACGGGGCAGCUGGUCAUGCAGAAUGGCUUCGCCGACAUCAUCACCGUGUUCCAGCAGAAGGUGGAGGACGUGGUGCUGCCGGAGAAGGUGGACGUGCUGGUGUCCGAGUGGAUGGGGACCUGCCUGCUGUUUGAGUUCAUGAUUGAGUCCAUCCUGUACGCCCGGGAUGCAUGGCUGAAGGAGGGUGGGAUCAUCUGGCCGACCACUGCCGCACUGCACCUCGUGCCCUGCAGUGCUGACGAAGACUACUGCAGCAAGGUUCUCUUCUGGGACAACGCCUAUGAGUUCAACCUCAGCGCUCUCAAAUCGUUAGCAAUUAAGGAGUUUUUUUCGAAGCCCAAGUAUAACCACAUUUUGAAACCAGAAGACUGUCUGUCUGAGCCGUGCACUAUAUUACAGCUGGACAUGAGAACGGUGCAGAUCGCUGAACUGGAGACAAUGAAAGGCGAGCUGUGCUUUGAUAUCAAGAAAGCCGGCGCACUGCAUGGAUUUACGGCCUGGUUCAGUGUCCGCUUUCAGAACCUGGAGGAGGAGGAGCCACAGCUGGUGCUGAACACGGGACCAUUCCAUCCCACCACCCACUGGAAGCAGGUGCUAUUUAUGAUGGACGAGCCCGUCCCCGUCCACGCAGGGGAUGUGCUCACAGGCUCGAUUGUGCUGCAGAGAAACCCAGUGUGGAGGAGGCACAUGUCCGUCGCUCUGAGCUGGUCCGUCACCUCCAGACAGGACCCCACGGUGCAGAGAGUUGGAGAAAAAGUCUUUCCGAUCUGGAGAUGACAGUUGAAGUUCUCUUUGGGAAGCAGUGUGAGCUUGCAGUCAUA